AUGGUCGCUCGCAGCUUCAAGUCACAGUCCGUCGACUACUGGUCAGUGCGUGCAGUCCGCGCCAGCCAUGGGGUAACAUUGGGGCCGCCGCGAUGGCGUGGCGUCAUCUUUCCGGCCCCCGAAAACCAUCGACGACGACGACGAGCCUCGGCAGCGCAGCAGCGCCUUGUCCACCUCCUCACGUUAUUCGUUCGGUGCGCAACCACCACCACUCCGAUGCUCCCCUCCCCCUCCCCACAGCUGUCGAAACGCCCGCCCGCCAUGAAGCCCAGUUUGGCAACCGGGCACAAGGCCCGAUCGACUGGCGGCCUCGGUCGCGAAACGGGUUUAGACGCCACCCCGGACGGGCAGAGUUUUUUUUUCUGCACCGUCAAUGCAAAUCUAUGA